UUGUUUAGUUUCUGCUGGUGAUCUCAAACUGAGUCACUGAUCGUGACUAUUUCUGUUUCACGUUUUCCCGCGCCUCGAGAGUCGAGAGCGCGCGCGCAAGAUCAUUCCGCGCGCGAAGUGCAAAGUGGAGACGUGGACGCGCAUGUGUUACGAACCGACGAAUUUUCGAAAAUAAUAUAAAUGAAAUAAUUUGUAAAUACGCUUUGUUGUUAUGUUAUUGUAGGAUUUUGUGUUGUUUUUGUGUAUUAAGUGUUGUGAGUGAAGGAUAAUUUUAUAAGCGAGCAGUGAGGAGAUAUUAAAAUGGCGACUAAAUCCUACAGCAAGCACAAAGAGUACAAGGAGUACUCGAGCAGCGGCAACGUGCCUUACACAGACGAACAAUUCGAUAUGAUAAAAUCCGACCUGCUCCCGAAGGGGAGUAAGCUGAACUCCUUGAGUCGUACUGGGGGUGGCGCCAGGGAGUACCACUACGAGUACAAGGAGGAGGUGCUCCCCGGAGGAAAGUAUGACAGGAAGGACAUACAUACUGUUGAGGAUUACACGAUCCCGGCGAAGUCCCUUCCUAAGGCAUCGGAGAGCAGCUCGUACUACUACGAGAGGGAGGAGCGGGACCUGCCCGCAAUCGGCACGGGCACCCGCACCUACAACUACGAGACCACCAGUUCUACACCAGGAUACUCCAAAGUAAAGAGCUCCAAGGUGACCAAGGAGAUGACGCAGAACGUGGAAGAACUCGACUCCCUCCUCGACGACUUGCAGAGGGAUCAGGAGAGGCAGCUCUACAAAAGUGGGUACACUUCAGAUACAGCUGAGAGCUCAUCAUUCGACUACAGGAGGGGAACCCCAAUAAAGCCGGCACCGUCCAGCGGCUACUCGACCCUGAAGCGUGAGGAGCGGCUGGAGAGCGCCAACUGGAGCGCCAGCCCGCCGCCGCCCGUGCGCUCCACCGAGCUGAGACAGGAACUCUACCGGGAGGAGAAGACAGAGUCGCGAGUGGUGCCGUCCCAAAUCUCGCCUGCAUUGCCGAUUGCAGUUCCACCGACUGUAUGCGCACACUGCCACCAGCCACCCAACACUGGCACUCUGUCCCGCUCGGCGACUCCUAUGAACAAGGUGACGACCACAGUGAAGACCUACACGUAUGAGGUGCCGGCCGACCAGGACCCCACCACUGUACCGCUUCCUCCCGUGGCUGAUCACCAGCACACCUACAUCGCCUCAGAGAACAUUAGCUCCACGUCGAGCACGCUGCAGGUGUCUCCGCACGGCGCGCAGCCCGCCGCGGCCGCGCCGCCGCCUGCGCACGCGCAGCCCGUGCAGCCGCUGGCCGUGGUGCCCGCGCCCGGCGGCUGCCAGCACUGCUCCCACUGCAACUCGCACGUGCGCGAGUACAGGACCGUCACCACCACUGAUGUAACAGACCGCACGAACGAGCGCAUGGUGCACCCCACGCCCGCCAACCACGACACCAAGCUGCAGCCACACGAGCCGCACAAUGGACAUGGCCCAUACGGUCCAAACACGUACAAGUACAGCGAGACGACGUACUCGACGCACAACACGACGCAGCGCUUCCCGUCCCCUCCGCCCGCGCCGCAGAGCCUCACGCUGCACCCCGCCAACUCCCCGCACGGCCCCCACCCCCCGCACGCACACCCCGGCCCCUCCCCCUCGCCCGGACCCUUCCCGCGCCCCACCACGCCCUCGCCCGGCAACCAGCAGACACCCAAGAAGCUGGACGAUCUGCUCGCUGACUUCCCGGAGGCUCGCUUCCCGACCCAACCUGACGGCGUGACGCGGCGCCGCGUGGAGGUGCGACACGAGAGCUCCAACGCUAACAGCUCGUCCCCCGCCUCCCCCGCGACCCCCGCCGCCCCCGCCGUGAAGCCCCCGCCGAUAGGGUCCAGCCGCAACGUCGCCGGACCCCCCGUGUACUAUCCCCCGGGACACACGCCCUUCGCCAAGAAAGACACGCCGGUGGGAACUGUGCAGGGGUACCAGGCUAGCAGCGCGGCCAUGCAAGGCGGUGGUUCGUAUGCGUCAGGGCGCGGUAUGUAUGAAUACGAGUCGGGCUCGCGAAGCAAAGAAAAGCAUUACGAGACCAAGACCGCCGUGCCUCUCUGCCUGCCCCUGUGCUGCGCCAUGCCCUGCGUGAUCAUGUAAACUUCAUCAAGAUCGUUGCUAAGGUCGUGUUACAACGAAAUGUAAUUUUAAGGAUAUAGGGCUGGGAUCUUUUAUUCUUCGAAAUAAAUAAAAAAAAACUACUAGUAGUUACAUAAAAAAGAUCUGCAAAAAAAUAUUGAUUAUUCAUAUCCGACUUAGUCGAAGAUUGAUUAUCUCAGCCCAAAUUAAUUCGGAUUUUAUAAUUGUUUUGGAGUUGUCAAACUUGUAUAUUUGUGACGUCAAAAAUUGUCUAUAAACGUAUUUUAAUCUUAAUGUUAAUUGUUAAAAAUAAUAAUUAAGAUCAUGUUCUGCAAAGCAGAUUAAAAUCUCUGAAUAUGGAAUCUCAAUGAUGGUAAAUUUGCGCUUGCUGCCGACGAAAAUAGUACAAUAAUAUACAAAACGUGUUUAAAAAUCGACAUUUCUCAGUAAGUUGCAUCGAUAUCGAGUAAAAAUCGAUUAAAAUAUUACAGUCUUUUGUAAUGGUGCUAUAAUGUUCUUUACGUUUUAAUAUUUGUUAUCGAUAAAGUUAGAACGCUAAUCGUUUUCAAUAAACAAUCCCAAUCUCAAUCUGAAACCCGAAUCCGAGAAUUGACCAAUCAAAAUAAGCAAUUUUUAAGCAUGUCAAAAUACUUUAUUCUGAUUAUUCCAUUUUUUAGAUUGUGAUGGUUUAUUGAAAAUGGCGGUAUCUCGUUUCUUAAUCAAGUUCUUUUUCGAUAUAAGAGACCCACCAUAUAUACUCUACAGGGUUCAGCACGAUUGCUAAAUCUCCGGUGCAUGGGGGUCCUCAUUCACCCCCGCUGUUAACACCAGGAGGCCCUGCGAAUAAAAUGGUACCUCCCGUUUCAUAUUCAAGUUGGCACGUUAAUCAUAUUGUUGAGACUGGUGGCGACGCCCGAGCUAAACUAACAACGUGCCAUUAAUGUUAUCGCGGCGAACACGCCUCCAUUAUAAGUUAAACUGUACAAUGUAAUUUUUUUUAUUAAUACAUAUUAUUAACUGACUAAAA